AUGAAGACUGCUAUCCAUACGAUUCUGAAUACAUUUGGAUUAAAUGAUGAUUUUGUGACUGCUGGAUCGAACUUGGACUCGAUAUGGAGCAUUGAGAUUGAAAGCAAAGUCGGCUCUACAUCUUUUUCCCGACCACUUGUUAUUGCUAGAGAAGGCAUGAUUAUCCGUCUUGCUCAUUACACGGUGUCUACGUACGAUGUUGAAUAUGAUCCACUAGUCGAGUUUUUAGUUCAAGAUGAAUCAUGGACAAUCUUGUCAAUCUAUAGCCAUGGAAGUGGAAACAGAGUAGUUGGAGAAACAUUGACUGUAAAAGAAGCUGAUGCUAUUGUGACAGCAUGGGCAAGCAGACUGCUAGAAACUGGUUAUAAUGAUCCCAAUCAGGCAUGCAUUUCUCGCAAAAACCUAGUUCAAUCAAAACUCUAA